GUUCGACACCGCUGAGAUGGCAAUUCAAUACAUAUUCGACUUUCAGUUCGCGUUUAGUUGGUGUGCGUCGCACAGCGCAGUUUCGUGGUGGAGCAAAUCUAAUUAUUCACGUGUAACUUCAAUACAAAUAGAAACAGCCAUAAAUACAUCAGCAUACUAAAGGAGGUAUACGCCAUUAGUAUAGCCAUAUAUAUACUAUAUACAUACAUAUUUAUGUAUGAGUAGUGGUAUACAAGUGUGUGUAUACAAAGUAGCGGCGCAUCGUGGCUUUCACGCGUUGCUUGCCACUUGCAUUGGCCGUAAGCGAAUACAACAACAAAGCGGCGCAAAAUUUGGAAUAAAAUAAAAAUCAAUCGAGAAUGCAAUAAAAAAUUACAUUUUGUGCUCACCAAAGUGUAAUUUUGAUUCUGAUAGUUAUACCAAGCCUUAAGUAACUAAAGUGUAAAGUGUUAGAAAAAAAUCCUGAGAUAAAUAGUGUAUUCAAGCAAAAGUAGCCUAAAGUACAUCGCAACAACUAAAACCAAAAUAGUGUACACACACGUAAGCGGACGGCAGGAAAAUGGGCAAGAAAAACUCGAAAUUGAAGCAAGACACUAUCGAUCGUCUAACAACAGCCACAUACUUCACAGAAAAAGAAAUCAGACAAUGGCACAAAGGUUUUCUGAAAGACUGUCCGAAUGGUUUGCUGACGGAACAAGGUUUUAUUAAAAUUUACAAACAAUUCUUUCCGCAAGGAGAUCCAAGUAAAUUCGCAUCGCUGGUGUUUCGGGUCUUCGACGAGAAUGAGGAUGGUGCGAUUGAGUUUGAGGAGUUCAUACGGGCGUUAUCGAUUACAUCACGUGGCAACCUGGAUGAAAAGCUGCAAUGGGCAUUCCGACUCUAUGAUGUGGACAAUGAUGGCUACAUAACGAGAGAAGAAAUGUAUAAUAUAGUGGAUGCAAUAUAUCAAAUGGUGGGUCAGCAGCCGCAAACAGAGGAAGAGAACACGCCGCAGAAACGUGUGGACAAAAUAUUCGAUCAAAUGGAUAAGAAUCACGACGAUCGUUUAACGCUCGACGAAUUUCGUGAGGGUAGUAAAGCUGAUCCACGUAUAGUGCAGGCGUUAAGUUUAGGUGGUGAUUAACCAAAAGAGACUUAGUUUAAUUCUGCUAUAGAUUAAACGAGGAAACUCAACGGAAAUAAAAAACAAAAACAAAAAAUAGUUUAAAGUACACUGCAGGAAAAAAAAAUAGCAAAGUAAUUGUAAUUACAAAUAAUAAUAAAACAAACAGAAGGAAGGCAUAGGUUGAUAGAGGUAAAAAAUGUAUGAAGAAAAGGGUGUAAAGGCAAAAGAGAAACGUACUUUAUACGCACACAGCCGUACAUACAUGACUACUUUGGUGGCAUUAGACUACCAAAAGCGCUUAAUACACACUCACUCACAUGUAAACACUCAUAUGCAUACAUGUAUAUGUACAUAUACAUUUGAGGAAAAUAUCACCACAACUACAUGACAGUUAGGUUAAUGAUACAAAAAUAUAUGCGAGAAUAGAGCAAGCGGUAGAAAAGCUUCGAAUACCGAUUAUGUUAAUGGUUUGCAAAUACAAAAACCAAAAACACAUUAACAAACAACCAAAACAGUAAAAGUAAUGCAAUUUAUAAAAUAUACUCAUUGCAAAUGUAGGAGAAACGGGUUUAGCGUAGUUAAACAAAAUUCAAGCUGCAAUCAAUAGACAUAGGCGUACAUGCAUUAAAUAGCAUACAUAUGCAAUGUACACAAACACACGCACACACAUACAUGCAAACAUAUAGUUUAUAGUGAUGUCAACGAAACGGUAAUCAAAAUCUGCCCACAAAUAUGACGGCUAUACACUCGUAGCGUCAAAGCAGCUCACAAAAUACAAAAUUUAUUGAAACACUUGUACUAAAAAAAAAGAAAAUAAUAUUCAAAAUUCAAAUUAACUUGGCAGCACAAUUGUAUAAAGUUAAGCUAAAUUUCUGUAGAAAACGAGGCGAAAUCAAAGUAAAUUAUUUAAUAUACAAAAUUGCGAAAUUGCAUGCAGCCACAAAAGGUCGAAUACAAAGGUGCGUUUUGAACAACAAAAAAAAUUAAUGCUAAUAAACAAUAACAAAAACAUUUGCAAAUAUUUCCAAGUAAAACGUAAUUUAUAUGCAAAAUAAGAAAAUGAUUUUUAAAUAUGCUUAUAACAGUAAAUUUAAAAAUAAAAAAAAAACAUACAUACAUAUAUACACACACAAAAAUUACGAUAUAUGGUAAAAUACGUUAAAAAACUUGCUUAAAUUUUUGAAGGCAUGCAGUGCUCAAGUAGCAAAUUAAAUGCUACAGCUGCAAAUGAGAGUCAUGCUUUCCUAGCGUUACAAUACAACGCGAAAUAAUAACUGAGAUCAUGUAUUUGUAAAUAUUAGUCAAACGAAAUUGUUAUAAACAAUGACACCAAUUUAAAAUUUAUUACAUAAAGCUAUUAGAAUAUUCCAAAAAAUUACAACUUGAAAAAUUUACCUUACUACUUUUAUUUGAAACUUAAAACUCGUCCUUAAGACGUUAAAAAACUUUCAAAUAGUAUAUUACUUAUAAAAAUUAAAAUUAAAUAAAUAUUGACAUUAGCAAAUUCGAUUAGAAAACAAUUUUAUUGCUUAAAAGUAUUGUAGAAAGAAGCAUAGAGAUGUGCUUCGAAAAAAUAAAAUUCUAAUUCAUAUUUGAAAAUUGCUUCUCAUAAACUUUUAACAAGCAGUGGCUUUGUUUCGAUUUUUAAACAUAAACCUAAUAAUAACUCAUAAAUAUAUACAAAUUUGUUUAUCCAGCGCUUAAAUAGUCAUAGAUAUGGAAAAAGUCAGAUAAAUAUUCAAAAAAUGUAUAAUACUUUCUAAACUUCUAAAGCGCUUUUAGACUAGUGCAGCAGCCUUUGAAAAUGGUAAAAAGGUAAAGAAAUUCAUAGUAGCAUGAAACCCCUUGGAAACGAAAAAUUAAGUAACAGAAAUGAAAAGAAAAACAAUUUACGAGCCAUCUGUGGUAGGGAAGAGGAAGUGGAGGAAGGAGUGGUUGAAUUUUUAGGGGUCAAAAACGGUUCAAAUAUUAUAGCGGCAACCUUAUAUCGACAUAGAAUCGAAAGAAACCGCAUUUUCAAUCAAAAUUUCUUACGUCAAAAUAUCAAAUUUUUUUAAAUAAGCAGACUUUAUGUUUGUUAAAAUCUCUGCUUUCUGAUAUUUUGUAACUUCCAUAGGAUUUUUAGUUUUAUCGAAAAUCGAGAUAAACUCUUUUUAACCUUUAAAAAUGAAACAACUUCCUAUCAUACCGACCUCAGGUCGCCCUUAACUUAUUUUUCCUUUAAUUUUUGAUAUUUUAUUUUUCGUAUGCAAUGAGUUUCAAUCAACUUACGAUUAACUUUUGAAAAAGCGCCAAAAAACUUAUGAACUUUUAUAACUAAAGCUUUAAAGUUUGUUUCUUGCGAAAUAUGGUAAAGUAAUUCAAAAAUAUUCUUCUCUCUAGUAACCAAUAUACUAUCGAGAAAUGUCAAGUACUCGACCUUACAUUUUAUUUUCUAGCAAAAUGAUACACUUUAGAUUUUUUAGGUAUAAUGAUACUGUUUUUGAUUUUUGUCAAUAAAAGCUCAUGUUUUCGUUACUAAUUGGUGACAUAAAAUCGUCUUAAUCUGCUAAAAGCUAAAUCGAUUUACUCUUUUCUAAGAAUGACAAAGAUGAUGACUAUAAGGGUAUCGAUCUCUUAAACUAAACAGUUCAACACUAAAGUAACGACAUUUUUGUGCGGUUAUUGGUUUGGAGUGCGUUUGACAGAAAUUUAUUGUUUUGUGACGUCAUGACCGAAAACAACAUAAGCGUCUUUUUACAACUAUGAAUGAAGGUCGGUCAUAUCAAACCGUUACGGAUAACUUAAUUAGAACAUUGUUAUAGUACUGGACAUUUUUGAAAGUUUUCUUAUUCUUACAGUAUUUGUAUCGUGAAUAAUAAAAAAAUAGAAAGUUAAAAUUAAAAAAAACUAAAAGUUUUUUUUAAUGACUAUUUUCAAAGCAUAUAAUUAUUUAUUUUAUUUAUUUCAACUUUUAUAUUAUAUUAAAAAGUAUUCGAAGUCAAUUUUAGUAAUAACUUCCAUUAAAACCGUUUAACUAUAUGUUUGAAACAUAAAAUUUUUUAAUUAUUAAAAAUAUAUUCCCAUUGGUAUACCCAAAUUAUAACGAAAGUGAGUACUUUGUUCAAAAUUUUUCAAACUUUCGCCAUUUUUAUAUAAUCGUAAUAAUAUACGCAUGUUUUUUCUUUGCAAAAUUUUCAAUAUAUUAUAUACGUAAAUGUUAGUCAAAAUCUAAAUACUUUUUAAAUUUUUGCAUGCUUGAAAUUUUUAUUCGUUAAACACUUUUAAUAAGUUACAACAUUUAUAUUUCUCAAAAAAUAUUCACUAUUAAAGUACACACAAUGAAAUUUUAAAUAAAAAUUUAUAAAUUUUCUAAAUACUUAUACAAUUUAUCCUUAAACUCACACUUGUACUUUCUAAUGUUCAUAUUUUCUAAAGUUAUAUAACAGUGGUUUCAAUCAACAUAAUUCAAUGACUAUAUGUUUACGCGAAUUUUAAUUAAAGAAAAAGUACAGAAAAGCACAGCUUUAAGUGACCUCCGAAUAGCAGUUUUGUGGAGAGUACUGACAAGGCAUAAUCAAGCAUUUGGCUUUUAUCAUAACCUCAAAAAGCCUGCGCUAUUUAUCGGUUUUUAACUUCUUAAAAAUGCUCUUUAGUGUGACGUCACAAUAGCGUAGUUAUAUAGAGAUAACUAAUAAUAAACUUAGAAAAAAAGCUAGGACUAAAGAUUAAAGCUGUAUGAGAAUGUUGUGGUUUCUUUUUCAAACUUUUAAUUGUCAAUAUUAAUGUGACUGCAGUUAUUUUGUUUUAAUUUUCCAAAUUAAAAAGCUUGUCAACGUCAGGUCAACACACAUUUUAAAAAGUUUAGAAAGUUGUUAAUUGCGAAGUUCUACUUAAUUUGUUUCUUAAAAUUUUAACUUUAACUUAAUAAUCCUCUUGGAAAGCUUAAUUUGGCGAAGCAACUUAAAGAAAAUUUUUAACAUAUACAAAUUAUUUCCUUUAGAAACGAAUUUGUAUACUCAAUUCGUUAUAUUAUAAGCAGAUUACUACUUAAUUUUUUGUAGAAAAUUUUCGAAAAGAGUUCUGGAGACAAACCAUAGCAUUAUUUUGGCAACGAUACUACUUUAUUUUCACUCAUAUGUGAACAAAGCGUGCUGUUAUGGUUCUAAAGACAGCAAAAUUAGUUGUCGUGUGCUGGCAUACAUUUCCGAAUUUAUUUACUGUUAUUUUACAUACCUUCAACUUUACAUUUAUACUUAUUCCUGCACAUUCAACACUAGUUUCUCUCUUUUGUAUUACUUAUUCUACGUCCUCAACCUUUUUCAGUGUAUCACCAAUCUAAAAUAAUUUCUGUUUUAUAUGUGGUUCAGCUUUAUUCUUAUAUAUAAUACCAAAUAAUAAAUUUAAUUAAAUAAUUGCUAAGUAAAAAAAAAAUUAAUAGAAUUGUUUGUUUAGCCAAAAUAUCCAUAAAUGAAUUGAAUUACAUUAUGCGAAUAAAAUAUAUUAAGAAAAAAAUGCAAUGUACUUUAGAUAAAUUAAAUAAAGCAGUUUGUACACAUAGCCUGUUUAAGUCGAAUUCAUGUCGUAAACUAUAAAAAAAAACUUCAAAUAAAUGAACUAUAUGCAUAUUCGAAGCAGCUAGUUUUAUAUUUUCUAUAUUUUCAAUACCUAUUAAUCUUUAUAUACACAUUUAAAUUAAACAAAAUUAAUUUACUAAUCAAACUUUCAAUGCAUAUAAGUGCAAAAAAUUUUAUUUGAAAUAUUUAUAUUUUAUAAAAAUCUAAAAUAUCUAGCAAACACUUUAAACACCUACUAAUUAAAAUGUAUACACUUGCAAGCCUUAGAACUGUACCUUCUGUUUCUCUAAAUUUACGCUUAGACGUUCUCAUGGUGCUGGGUCACAGUUAUGUUGUAUCUACACAUAUAUGUAUAUGUAAGUCAUAAGUACCUCUUGCCUGCGGCCUGUUAACCAUGUAUGUAUGUAUGUAAAUAAUGUUAAAAUGCCUUGCUUUAGCAUUUACUUUAGCUCUAGUCUGUCGCUUUCACUUUAACAACAAAAUGUAUCUGCUAGUAUGUGUAUAUGUAUUAGCUUGUAUGUGUCAUAUCCUUUAAAAAAGUGGAUUUUUUUUUCAAAUAUAAUAAAUUUUUGUCUAUUAAUAUAUUGUAACUGCAUAUCUACCGUUUUAUUAUGUUAUUCCCGCAUUUGAUCUGCAUUUUUAUGUCUUCUAUUUUCUAUUACGUUCGCUAAAGCCUGUCCUUCUUACAAGUAUUUGUUUUUGUUUAGCGUAUACAGCCUUAGUAUUAUAUUAUUUAUUUAUAUUUUUGUUUGCCUACUUUAAUAUUUAAACACGCCGUAAAAUUGUAGAUGAUAUGACGCAUAAGACCAACCUUAGCUCACACAUUUGUAACCGAAUUAAUUGUGUGCAGUAUAAGACGUAGGCAUACUAAAGAUUUGUAUGCAAAUUUUAUGAAGCUAAAGAAUAUUAAUAAUAAGAAGUCUAGUCAGACUAAAAAUACUCGGAUUUAAUUUAGAUUUUAUUUAUAGCGUUGCCUAAUUUUGGUAUUAAAAUAUUUGAUUUUAUUAAAUUUGAUUAGUCGCUAUGUUUCUAAAAGUAUCACCAGACAGUAAAUGGGAAAUUAAUAUAAUAUUAUCAAAAAGUAUUUUAUACUAUAUAUUAAAGCAAUUAAUGCUAAAAGAGGAACUUAAAAACUUCGUUUUCGUUUACGAGAAUACGAAUAUAUAAGGUUUAAUAAAAACGCAACCAUUAUUUUUGCAUUACGUUAAAGGUUUUAUAAGCAUAAUUAGAAAUUUCUAAUUUAGGACAUAUAUCUAUGUUCGAUAACUUAUUGUCAAUUGUUAGGUAAUUUUACAAUGCCACUCUCGUAGAAAGCCUCGUAAGUAUUUUUAAAAAAUUGCGACAGUCGAUUUUCACUAGCUCCUUUUGAGGCGAAUUUUUCAACAGCCCAAAUUCAUUUGCAACAGACAGGAACCGAGAGUAAUCACUUGGUUUCAGGUCCACAUUAUAAAGUGGAUGCAUAAAAACCCCUCAACCAGGUUCCUCGAACUUCUGGCGAGUCACUAUCGAUGUGUGUGCUUUGGCCUUGUUCUAAUGAAACACAAUUCCUCUCAUAUUGAUUCCUUCUGGGCGAUUUCUUUCCUCAGACGGUCCAAUUGCUGACAGUGCAAGUCCGAAUUAAGAGUUUGGUGAGCAACUUAUAGUAGAUGAAUCCCUGCCAAUUUCAAACACAUAGCAAAACCUUUCUGACUGUUAAUCUUGGUUCGGUCAUCUUUAGAGUGGGGUUGUCCUGUAUUAAUGUUAUUAUCAUAUUAGUAUUUAGUUUUGGUUCCUCACGAGAUGAAUUAAUAUCCCAUUUUAAAGCAUCCUUGAUAUAAAGCGUUCUUACUUCAAAAAUAUAGUUUUAAUAGAAUUUUUUGAAACCAAUCAUUUUACAAAGAACUACUAGUAUCUAGCACAAACAAGCAGUGAUUCCUUACUAUACCCACCAACAUCGAAAGCUACGGUUUCAUUCACAAUUGAAACAUCUAAUUUCCUUACCCAAAACAAUUUCGAAAAUUCAAGAAUUUAUAUUUCCAUAUCCCAACCUUGUUUGCUUCUUCCAGUCAAAAAUUAAAUGCUUGAGUUCCUUGAGAAUGCUAAAAAGGCUACCAGAAAGCUUAACUUCUCACAAUUCCUAAAUAGUUAUAGCAUUAGCCAUCCUAUACAGGAACUAGUCGCUCAUUCAAAUCAUGGAGAGAGAGUUCUCUAUGCGUUUUAUGCAGGAAAUUUAAUUUAAAUGGAGAACACUAGCAUAUUAGCGUCAUAUUGUGUAAUGAAAGAGAAUUUCUUACUGUGUAACAUAACCUCAAUAUAACUUCAACUACGAGAGAGCAGUGCGUAUUAAAACCCAUUUUUUAGUGAUGUCGCUUGGUAUCUCCAGUUACCAAGGGUCAUCGUUUACAUCGAUCUCUCAUGAUAGUGCGAAAAAUAUUGCUCAUUCCAGAGUAUUCCAUAAAAUGUUUCGUCUUCCACGCGCCAGUUAGGCUAAGCAACCUUCUGUGUAUUAAAUUGAUAAUACCGUCCUUAACUUGAGUCCACCGAUAUAACAACAACAAUAUAAGAACUUAAUAACUUUCAGGUAAUUACACUCCAGUUUCCCACAUAUAUUUAUAGUGAAACAAUUCUAUUCAUUUUCACUAUUAACUAUCACUAAAAAAGUUAUUUGAUAUCUGAUGAUUUGUGGUGUUUGACUCUUUUAAGUUUUAUGUACUUAAAUAUCUACCCGUCGAAUUGAGAUCUGUUGAUAAGGCUACAUAUAUCUUAUUAAUAUUAAAAGUCAUAAUUUUCUUAAGCACCAGCUUUGAAUAUAUAAUUUAAUAAUAGCAAAUUCUUAAUACUAACGAAUAAAGAAAACUAUUCAUAUUUGUAGCAAAAAAUUUGUAAAUAUUAACUUAUAAAAGACUCACAUUAAUAUAUAAAAAUGAUAUUCAAAAGAAUUUUUUUGGUGUCAUAAAAUCAACAAAACUUUUUCCUUGGCCACAUUUAUAUCGGUAUUCUAGUCUAGAAAUUAAAAAAAAAAAUAUUUUUUUUUAUACGUCGAUAGUUCAAAAAUAUCUCCCUAAAAAAUGAUUUUCAAAGUUAUAGCCAUUUUAGUGUCUUCGCAACUCGCCCAAUUAAGUUUUAACUUUAAAUGGUUUUUUUCGAAACUACUUUUUCGAGGCGGUCGUCACGACUUCCAAAAAUGUCCUAAAUUUGAGCCUAUAGACUAGAAUACCCCGUUAAGGAAUGCACCCAGUGUGACUACCUAAAAAAUAGCGACAUUUGAGAAUUAACAAAAACAAACAACUGUAUCAUAAAGUUGUGAGGGUAUUUUGACACACUUUUGAAGAAUACACAGUAAAAUUUUCGAAGUAAAAAAUAAAAUACUAGUCGAGUUACUUGCGAUCUCCGACAUCACUAAAAAAAAAUUCUCCCCUGCAGCAGUGAAACCUGAAAAAAAUUAUCUACUACAAUAACUGAGAAAAUGCUGGACUUAGUGACCGACGUGCCGCCCUUCCGUAUUUACCGUCCGUAUCAAAUGAAAUAUGUCAAAAGUUAUGCCCGUACUAACAACGUAGAAAUCAGUUGUUCCCUUUUGUUCACACUUCACAUUGAAGUCUAUCUAUUUUUAAAUAAUAGUAUGUGACUGCGAUUUUGAGUUAGUUUAAGAACAUUUCAAAUACAUUCAACUUUACUUGUUAAUUACUUCAAAAUAUCGAGACUGACAACCGUGCGUUGUAAGAAAGCACUCAGCUGACCUGUUUUCUAAUCCAAUUUUCGCGGAUAUCCCACGUUACGGGCGGUAGAAACGAACGGCAGUAACGGUAGUGAGUGGUAAUUUUCAUUGUCCUCUCAUAGGUCGUAUCAGCUGAUACGGUAUACAGUUUUGCGUCUGUCACUAAUUGAUGCAAUACCGAAAAUAUUGCUUGAUUCGAUUUUUGAUCAGAUCAAAGUACUAGUGAGUCAUUGGAGAGCUAUAUAUGUUACAUAGUAUGCAGAAAAAUCGAUCGAUCGGAUUAUUUGUCUUCGCGUAAACACUCAAGCAACUUUGAAAAAAGAAGUUUUGAGCAAAUCGCUCUAACAGAUAAACUCAUAGAGCUAAUUGAACUGAGCGUCUACAAUUUAGAUAGCUGUAACUCAAAAAUAUUUGAGAUAUGGAUUUAAAAUUUUAGUAUUUUAAAUUUAAAGGUAUUACUUAUCGAAAUAUGAAAAAUAAUCAAUUUUUUUUUAAAUUUGACACUCGAUGUGCCCUUUAGGCAAAUUUUUAAAACACAGCAAUUACUCGUAGUAGAAAGCACCGCUCUGUACUAAGAUUCUAUAGAAAAUGCUUGUAUAACACCAAAAAAUACACAAAUCACCAACAAUUUGCAAAUUUUAUUAGAAAAGCCUUGCUUAUUAGAUAUUUAUUGCUUAUAAAACAUAUAUAUAAACAACAACAAGUAAAUAACAAAUUUAUAUACAUAAACUCACAGGUAUUAAAAAUCUAAUUAAUUAUAAAACUGUGACAACACUUAGCUGCAAACAAUCAAUUUUAAGCGCUUACUUUACACUAAUAACAACAACUAAAUAACUAUGCUGUUAAAUAUUUAUCAAAUUUACCACAAAAAUAAAUUUAUUAUAGUCAAUAGUAAUAAGCUAUUACUAUCAACAUAGAAUUAAUUUAUAUUCAUUCAAGCACUAAAAAAAGAACUUAAAGAAUUUCAUACAAAACAUAAUUUCAAAAAAUUACAAAUGAUGAUCAAUGUAAAAAAAGUUGGAUUUAUAAUAACAUUUCCACACAAUGUUCCAUUUAACGAAGAAAUUAAAUACAAACAAAAACAAUUUUAAAUAAAAUAUUCAACUAAAGUUUUUAUGUGAAGUGGCGAGAAAAACACAGACGAAUUGUAAAUAAAUAAUGUAAUUACUUGAAGCGUCGACGAAUAAUAUAAAGUUAUAUUUAAAUAGCAAAAAAAAAACAAAAAAUAUACAUUUCACUGCAAUAUAAUUAUAAUCCAGUUAAACAAAAUAUUCCGCAAACAGUAUUUUUAAUUGCUUUGUUAGUUUAAAUACAUAUGUAUAAAUAUUGUUUUUUUUUUGUUUUUUGAGCUGAUAACAAUUUGCUUUAUUAGUAUGCGUUAGAAUUGUUAUCACCUAAUUGUUCAGAAAUAAAUUCAAAUACUCCAAAAAUUUUGCUUUGUUCUAAAGGGUGUUUUGUUUAGACAAGUAGUUUUCAAGAAGAAAUAAAACGCAUAUCAUUUAAUGUUAUGUAAUAAACUCCAGCCGAGAAGCCAAAUUUGCGAUCACUUUUUGCGGCAUUUGGCGCCGUAUGCCAGCGCCGAAUAUUAUUUGCCAAGGCGUCAAUUGUCGUAUAUCGUUGUCUUCUUGAAACCAAAGGUCGUCCACAACAACAUUAUCAAAUUCUGGCACGAAAAAGUCAUUAAUCACAGCUCUAUACUCUUUCUUAUUGAUUGUAACAUUAUGGCCGCCUUGAUUUCUGAAGAAAUAUGGACCAAUGAGUCCCUCUGCCCAUAGAGCACACCAAACAGUGACUUGUUGAGAAUAAAACGGCAUCUGAACAAUGACUUGUGGGUCACUUCAAAUGCGAUAAUAUUGUUUAUUAACGUACUCCUUUAACCAAAAGUGAGCGUCAUCGCUGAACAAAAUUUUCUUAUGAAAAUCGGGUGGCCAUCUCGUUUGAUAAUAAAUUUGCACUAUUUGCAAACGUUGCUCCGGCGUAAGUCUAUUCAUUUUGAAAUGGAAAACUAAACUUAGUAUAAAUCAAGUAACAGCUGUCCAAAGGACCAAAUCCGAAAAAGAUAUUGCCUCACUGAAAACUACUCCCUUACAUUUGCUUAGAUAAGACUAAUCGCAAACAUUACUUUUUUUUUGAAACCAAACCAAUAUUUUCGAAAGCCUGAGACAUAAGUAAAAAAAAGUUUUUGCUCUGUUUUUCGAAAUAAGCAAUUUGAAGUUCAAAAAAAAACUUUACUAUUAGUUAUUAUAGUAUAUGGACAGGAAAACUUUUUUUCUUGUUUCAAUGGUGUAUACAAAUUCUCGGUCAAAGUUAUAUGGGAUCAAAGUUGGAUCUACCAAAAUAAAUAAAUAUUUUAUUUUUCAGGAAUACUGGCUUGACUUUGAAACAAUGUAGCUUCUGGCAUAAAGGCCUGACCGAAAAAUGUUAUACACUAUUGUAAUAGAGUAAGGUAGAUGAUGCCCACAUUUUUACCUGUUUAGGGACUGCGUUAGUUUAUAUUAAUAAUGAGUAUAAGCUAGAAUUAAUAAUAAUUUUUUCAAUAAACAAAUUAAUAUCGAAAUUCGAAGGCAAAUAUUUCUAUUUUGAGAGCUAACUUUAAGAAACCGAUAAAUUACUUUUUUGCUUGUAACUAAAAUUCUGCAAAAAACUCAUCCGAGUACAGUACAGUGUAAUGUAUAAUUGAAGACCUUUCGGUAUACGCCCUUAAAGCAAUCAAUUUGAACCCUACUUUCAAUCAAUUCUUCAAAAAAUGCCUUCUAUAGUAUGGAAACAAGGUUUCCAGCACGAUACAUAUUUCUUUUCCUAAAAUUUUUGGUAUAGUCGUUAUUAAAAAUCUUCAAAAAGCUUAUUAAUAAGCUGCUGUCGAUGAGAAAAGACGGCGUUAUUGUAAUAUCACAAAAUAAUUACUGUCAAAAUUUCAACAGAAUCGUAGUUUUGUUUCGACCGUGAGGAACAGUGGAACAAAGCAAACUAUGCUGAGAUAUGAGUUACAAAUUUUUAAAGUUUUUGUUUGACUUUUAUAAGCUAAGUACUUAUCGAUCCGAUCUGGUAUAUGUCUAAAAGUGAUUUUUUUUGUGAAAGAUCUUUCAAUUGGUCGGUCGGUUUUUGUACACUUUAUUUACUUCUUUUUAGAAUUUUCUUGUGACUUGCAUUUACAUAACUAAUCUUAUAUGUAGGUAGAAUUUCAGCUCUUUGCUUUUACACUUUCAUUAUCUUCAAAUCCCUUAUUCAAUAAAUGUAUGCAUUGGUUUAAAAAACAUUGCAAUGCAUUGAUUUAUAAAAAGUUACUUCCUGUAAAACUUUGAAUCAUAUUAUGACCUGGAUAAGCUUGUUUCCAAAAACAUAAAAUCUAAAAACUAAAAUCAAUAUUUAAGCUAAAUGAAAACUAAAAAGAUAGUCAGAGCUAAUGGGUACUAUUUUUUGAAAGCUUCGUUUAGAUGAUAGUUCCAAUAUUUUUACCUUCAAUUCUAUAAAUUUUUAAAUGAAUAAGGAAAGGGUACUCAUGUAAGUUUACCUCUAAUUUUGCUUGAACAUUUCUUUACCCAUUUUUCUAUUUUCUUCAAGAUUUAUUGAAGACUUUUUCUCGAAGCCUUUCCUCACAAUUUUUUUUCUGAAAACAUUCUCAAAAUAGAUCUCAUAGUUGGGAUUUUGAUGUUGACUAAUAAAUGUUUUUGUCCCAGCAGGUAUCUUAACCAAAGGCAACAGGAUGAUAUUUCCAUCGUAAGAAUUAUGUAAAUUAAACUUGAACAAAAGAUUUAUAUAAAGGCAAAUUGAUUUAAUACAAACUACUUUUUAUAUGCAUUUGAAUUUACAUUACUGCAUAGACUUGGAUUAUACUGUUAUCUCUAAUUAUUAAAGCUAAUACUACACAUUAAGUUUUCCUUCGCAAGAUCCCUUGAAUAACGGCAGAUUUCAAAACUCGCUAGUAAUAAAUUUGUAUAAAAUAUUUAUAUGCAUAUAUACUUACAUAUGUAUGUAUAUAUGGUAUAUUUGAAGCAUUGUGUUUAGACGCAUGCAGAGCCUAAAGCGUAAAUAUUAAGCAAUACAUUUUGCAAAUUUCUAAUAUAUUAUAUAAUUGUAUAGAUAUUUAAAAAAAAUUAUGCAAAAUAUUAAGUAUAAAACGAAAAACUAAAAUCGCAUAAACAACAUGCAUAGAUUAUUAUUAACUGUUAUAUAAUAAAAAGCGCCCAAUAUCGGCUAAGCUAUAUACUAUAUAUAUAUCAUACAUACAUAUAGACAUGUACACCAAAAGUCAGCAAUAAACUCAUAAUUUUUGUUAAAAAAAAACAACUAAAAUAAUGAACAAAACAAAAAGCAGAUGAAAUAAGAACAUCAACAGAGCGUAAAAACUAAAAACUUGAAGCCACCUUUUUGUUAGUGCAAAAUAAUAAUAAUUUAUUAAUAUUUUUAAGAUAAACACACAUAAGUUAUUAUACAACAGUAAAUAUAUAUACAUAAUUAACUCUGAAAAAAUUAGUAAAAUAAAUGCUGUAAACAUAUAUAUAUACAAGCCUAAAAAAAUGUAAUUACAGUUAUAUCAAGUAUGGUAUAUAUAAUAAUAGUUAUUAAACUUGCUAAAAAAUUUUGAACAUACAAUUCAAGCUGAUAAUAUUAUAAAUUAUAAAAUAAUAAGAGAAAACAUUUUUGAGUGCAAUUUGCAAUUAGUUGAACCAUAAGUGAGGUUAUGUGGUGCAGCUUUGUAUGUAAGCGUAGUUUUUCGAAAAGUUUUAAAGCGUUUCAUCGAUCGCUCCGAUCAGCAAAAAAUUAACAAUUGGAUCAUAAACGUUAAGACAAAAUGAUUACAGAUAUACAAAUAAAGAAAUAUAUUAUAUAAAUAAAGAAAAGUUCAUCAAUAAAAUAAAUA